AUGGCGUCGAAACACUGGUAUCUAUGCCCCGGGGUCCCUCUCAGCCUCCCGUCCACUUCUGUCCAGUCGCUCCUAGAGCAAGAGGAACAGAAUAAAGACGCUACUGUCUAUGUCGGCAACAUCGAUGAGCGCUUCACGCAGGAGCUGCUCUCGGAGCUGAUGACGCAGGUCGGCCCCGUGCGCCAGGUGCACAUGCCCCAGGACCGCGUCUCCCAGACGCACCAGGGCUAUGGCUUCGUCGAGUUCGACACGCCUGCCUCGGCCGAAUACGCCGCCAAGAUCCUCAACGGCAUCCGCAUAUGGGGCAAGCCUAUCCGCGUCAAUAAAGCGAGUGCGGACAAGCAGAAGACGGUCGACAUUGGCGCCGAGCUCUUCAUCAACAACCUCGACUCACAGGUUGACGAGAAGAUCCUAUACGAUACCUUCAGCCAGUUUGGCCAGAUCCUGCGUCAGCCCAACAUUAUCCGCGAUGACAAUAACAUCUCCAAGGGCUAUGGCUUCGUGAGCUUCGACUCCUUCGAGGCCAGCGACGCUGCUAAGGCUACCAUGAAUAACCAGUACCUCCUGAGCAAGGCCAUCAUUGUCGAGUACGCUUAUAAAAAGGAUGGAAAGGGUGAGCGUCACGGCGACGAGGCCGAACGUAAGCUGGCCGCCGAGGGUAAAAAGCACAAUAUUGUUCCCGAGCAGCAAACACUUCCCCCUGCUUUCCACAUGACUAACGCCACCGCCACUCCCUCCGCCACCCCCGUUGCGCCCGCCAUCGACCUCUCAGUACUUCCCUCUCACCCGGGUGCUCCGGUAAUACCUUCUCCCGUCGCCAUGACCCCUAUGGCUGCCAACUACGGCAUGCCUCCCCCAGGUGCGCCUCUAAUGGGUCGCGGUGGCCCCCCUGCUCCAUAUGGCAACAUACCACCAGUCGGUGCUGUCGGUGUAGGUGGCCGUAUGGCUAGCCUCCCUCCUGCGCCUUCUGGUCUUCCCCCUCGUCCGCCUCCGAGCCACGCCGGAUUCGGUGGCCCGGUGGGCAAUUUCCACCCGUCCGGCUCGGGGUAUCCUGGUGGCCCUCCUAGUGGCCCUCCCGGUGGUCUUCCCACCCCCCCGCCCAUUUACCCCGGAAUACCUUCCUCGAGCGGUUUCCCCAGUACCCCUCCUCCUACCGGUGCACCGCUGCCCCCCGGCUUCAUGCCGCCCCCCGGAGGCGCACCUCCUCUGGGAUUCGCGCCACCGCCCGCGGCCCCUCCCAACGGAUAUCCUCGACGCUAA